UGACUCGGGUGGCGAAGGAGUGGCGGGCCCGCUACCGGAAAGGAGCGGAGCUCCUGGGAAGCUAUCCCCCCCUCACCUCCCCUGCCCUCACGGGAAGUCGUGUCGGCGUUGCCUGCACCGCCUCGCCGCGGUGGCCGUGAUGCGCUCCACCCGCGAGUCCCCACUCCCGGGAGCCCCGGCCUCCGAGUCGGACGUAGCCGAGCAGAAUAGGAGGGCUCUAACGCCAGUAGGACUGCGGUGAUGGUGUGUGAGGACUGAUUCCCAGAGCCUUGCCUGAUCUCUGACCCAUCAGCAUGGGGAGGAUUGGCAUCUCCUGUCUUUUUCCUGCUUCCUGGCAUUUCAGCAUCUCUCCAGUGGGGUGUCCCCGAAUUCUGAACACCAACUUACGCCAGAUUAUCGUCAUCAGCCUUCUGGCUGCUGCUGUCUCACUUUUAUACUUUUCUGUCGUCAUAAUCCGAAAUAAGUACGGACGGCUCUCCAAAGACAAGAAGUUUCAAAGGUACUUGGCACGAGUUACUGACAUUGAAGCUACAGACACCAAUAACCCCAACGUGAACUAUGGCAUCGUGGUGGACUGUGGGAGCAGCGGGUCUCGGAUAUUUGUCUAUUGCUGGCCACGGCACAAUGGCAAUCCUCAUGAUCUGUUGGAUAUCAGGCAAAUGAGGGAUAAAAACCGAAAGCCUGUGGUCAUGAAAAUAAAACCCGGCAUUUCAGAGUUUGCGACUUCUCCAGAGAAAGUCAGUGAUUACAUUUCUCCACUCUUGAACUUUGCUGCAGAGCAUGUUCCACGGGCAAAACACAAAGAGACCCCUCUCUACAUUCUCUGCACGGCUGGAAUGAGAAUCCUCCCCGAAAGUCAGCAGAAAGCCAUUCUGGAAGACCUUCUGACUGACAUCCCUGUGCACUUUGACUUCCUGUUUUCUGACUCUCAUGCAGAAGUAAUUUCAGGGAAACAAGAAGGCGUCUAUGCUUGGAUUGGCAUUAAUUUUGUCCUUGGACGAUUUGAGCAUAUUGAAGAUGAUGACGAGGCAGUAGUGGAAGUUAACAUCCCUGGUAGUGAAAGCAGCGAAGCCAUUCUUCGUAAAAGAACAGCUGGUAUUCUAGACAUGGGAGGCGUGUCAACCCAGAUAGCAUACGAAGUACCCAAAACUGUAAGCUUUGCCUCCUCACAGCAGGAAGAAGUAGCUAAGAACCUGUUGGCUGAAUUUAACUUGGGGUGUGACAUUCACCAAACCGAGCAUGUGUACCGUGUCUAUGUGGCCACGUUUCUUGGGUUUGGUGGCAAUGCUGCUCGACAGAGGUAUGAAGACAGAAUAUUUGCCAGCACAGUUCAGAAGAACAGACUCCUGGGGAAACAGACUGGACUAACUCCUGACACUCCGCACCUGGACCCCUGCCUACCUCUGGAUAUCAAAGACGAAAUCCAGCAAAACGGACAGACGCUGUACCUGCGGGGGACAGGGGACUUUGACCUGUGCCGGGAGACCAUCCAGCCUUUCAUGAACAAAACAAACGAGACGCAGACCUCCCUCAACGGGGUCUACCAGCCUCCAAUUCACUUCCAGAACAGCGAGUUCUACGGCUUCUCGGAGUUCUACUACUGCACGGAAGAUGUGUUACGGAUGGGUGGAGACUAUGACGCUGCAGCAUUUACUAGAGCCGCCAAGGAUUACUGUGCUACGAAGUGGUCGAUCCUGCGGGAACGCUUUGACCGAGGACUGUAUGCCUCUCACGCCGACCUCCACAGGCUCAAGUAUCAGUGCUUCAAAUCUGCCUGGAUGUUUGAGGUGUUCCACAGGGGCUUCUCGUUCCCUGUCAACUACAGAAAUUUAAAGACAGCCUUGCAGGUUUACGACAAGGAGGUGCAGUGGACUCUCGGAGCAAUCCUCUACAGGACCCGCUUCUUGCCCUUAAGAGACAUCCAGCAGGAGGCCUUCCGGGCCAGCCAUGCGCACUGGCGGGGCUUCUCCUUUGUGUACAACCACUACCUGUUCUCCGGCUGCUUCCUGGUGGUCCUGCUCGCCAUCCUCCUCUACCUGCUGCGGCUGCGGCGCAUCCACCGGCGGGCCCCACGCAGCGGCUCAGCCACCGCCGUCUGGCUGGAGGAAGGCCUUCCGUCCCAGAAGAUAGCUGGUACCUUAUGAACCGGACUCCGAGCCCCCGGAAGACUCUACAGGAAAAGCCAUUUUUGCCUCAGGGUUUCUCCUCUUCAUUCUCAGUUAGUUUUGUUUUUCCUUUUCCUUUUUGUUCCUUGAAACAAAACCAAACCCCACUGUUCGUAAACUCUGCUGUCCUAGAAGUAUUGCGUCCAGCUGUUCUGUGUACAGCUUUGAAUAGAGGAGUUGGGAAAAGGGAGCAUCACUUCAUUUUUGCUGCAUAGACUGUCUGACAAAAAUUACAAAGAUUUUGGGUUGUUCUCUAAGGCAUAUUCAAUUUUAAACAGAUGCACUUUGAUACUGGAGGAAAACAGCAGGCUGUCCUCUGUCAGGGGAGUUGGAGCUGAGGGGUGACGCUUUCACAGAACCAGAACACGAUCUCACUGGACCGAUCAUCCCUGUUUCUGUCUCAAAAGCUCUUACCUAAAGAGGGAGAUGCUUAGUUUUAUUUAUUGUUCAGGGCUCUUACUGUUUAUUUUCUCUGCAGGUUUAAAAAACCAGAACCAUUUAUAUCCACAGUAGAUAGGUAUAGGCACCAAGAGUUAGCAGUUUUUAAAAAUUGAUAGGAAGAGACCUGAAAAAAUGUGAAAAUGACCAGAGUGCUGUGUGUGUGUGUGUGUGUGUGUGUGUGUGUGCUCGCGUGCAACACCAGUGGGAGAGACGGAGGGAGUGCAGUGCUGCCACUUUUAAAAGCACACGCUUCAGGGUCUACUGUUGCAUUUCAUUUCAUUUAGAAAAACAUCAGUCCUCGGUACCAACCACAGGCAAUUACUUCCUUCAUCCCAUCUUUCAGCGCCCUUAGAAUACUAUGUUUUUGACUGAGUUGGAAAAGUCAUAGUUUCACUGGUUUUAAUGUUAGAACUAGAGCUGGUGUCUGCCAACUGGCAUGUCCGUAUUUCUCAUUCAUUUGUGGUUAUUUAAUUGUGCUCUCGUUUCUUCCUCCUUCAAGUUCGUAUCCCUCUUGCCCUCGUAUUUCAGAGACUUGGCUUGACUGUUGUGGUUGAGGUGGUGCUGGCAGGGCCACUGUAAAGCCACAGGACUAAGAGAAAGAAGAAUCAACUCACAUUUUGAGGAAAACAAAUUUGACAUUUCAAACAAAAACCUAAAAAGGACAGCUGGAUUAGUGUCUGUGAGAUGGGUGGUUUUUUACCUAUUUAUUUAGUUCAGAAACUGUGGACAUUCUCAUACAUAGUUUUUUAGAUGACGGUGUGUGUGUGUGUGUGUGUGUACACACGCAUGCACGCCCCUAGACUAUUUCUUAACUCCACAACAGGUAAAUCCAUCUAGUUGGUAACAGAUUUAUAUUUUGAGAGUCAUCAGCUGCUUUUUAAAAGAAUCACUGAUGAGAGAAAGAAUUCAGGUUCUUAAGCCCUUAUUUAAUUUAGAAAAAAAUUGGAUAUUCAUCUUGUCUAGUAAUUACUUAAAAACCUGACAUACUAUAUGUUGAUAACUUAAAAGAUUACACAUUUAUGAAAGAAAUGCAAAUCCUCUGAUCCUGCUCUUCAAAGUGAAUAUUCUAACAAUGGAAAAAUUGUUGGUAGAAAGUUUGCCUCUCAGAUAUCAAGAAGGUUGGAGGAGCUAGAUGGUGUCAUAGCAUCUCAUGUGUAGAGAGACUUAUCUCAGAGAGGAUGGAGACAGGUAUCUCUCGAAAAACAUCCAGCCUCUGAAAUGCUGAUCUCCAGCUGUUUAAUUCCCUGGUUCCUGGUAAACACUGUUCGUUUUCAAGACGCAGCCACACCAUGAGCUGUGUCAUGAGUACCCCAGGGGUAGAGAGAGCUGGCAUGCUUCUCCUUGACUUCUUAGAGGGGUUGCCCUGUGGACUGUAGGUGGCAUUGGUGAUGAUAAAAAGUAAGUUUACAAGUUAGCUUUUCUGCCACGAGCCAUGUGGAGUAGUAAGGCCCUAACCUGCAGGAUGAAAAUUUCCCAGAUUUUGCCUUUCAGAUCAUGACAAAGAUAAGCUAGCACAGGUAGGUUUAAAUGGGCAUAAAUUAAGUAAACAGCCACUUUUUAGAUAAAGGGUGCUAAUGUGGUCCAGCUCUGUACAUUUGGAGAGUGCAGCAGAGACCAGCAUGGAAGAUGCAAGCUUGACAUCCGUCUGCCAGGACCUAUCUCAGUCUCCAAGAGUCCCCAGGUUAGGGUCCCAAGGCAUAGUGGCCGUGUACUUUGCAUAGUUCGGAGCUGUGUACCCCAUCAAAGCAGAGGCUUAGCAAGCCAUCACCCACAGGGAAAAUCUGAGAGACUCUUGAGCUGAGAAUGUGUUUUCAGUUUUUUUAAGAUCAUUAAAGGAAAAGUAACCGAUACACACCAGAGACUACAUGUGACCUGUAGAGCCUCAGACACUUACUCAGUGUCCCUUUAGAGAGGACUUUUCAAGAUUGGUGUUCUAAUAAACCAGAUAACAUACUCCCCCCUCCCCAAACCCAAAUUUAAAACAUGCUGUUGGCGGGGGGGAGGGGGGGGUGGGCACUCACUCUGCCCUGUUGUGACAUCUGCAGGCACAGGAGGGGCCUAAUUCUGGAAACAAAUAAUGUCAAUUAAGGGCUGGCCAAGAAGGCAGUAAAGUGUGAACACUUUUAGUGACAGAAAGCAGGAGAAAUCAGAUGGGUGGGAGGGAACUUGCUGAAAGCCUUGCAAAGAGCAGUGUUCUGUGUUAGCUCUCUGUUUGGUGGAAAAAUUCCUCAAGUAAACGCUUCUGUUCAUCGUCCUACCUGUUCUGCUCCUUUUUAAAGCUCCAGAGAAUGUUCUUGAAGAUUUUACAGUCCCUGCAGCGACAUCACAGACUGAUCGGUCCCAGUGGUUUUUGCACAUUCUCACCCUAAACCACUGGCUUUUUGCAGCUCCCCACCCUGGAAGCUGGGGAGACCCCUUGCUCUCCUGUCACCAUACCUGUGCACCCAGGCGGGAAAGCUGUAGAGUACCUGGUGUUUUAAAUCUGAAACUCAGGCCUACAUAGGAUACUUCUCCAUCUAAGAAGCAUGCGCCACUUAGCAAGAAACUCAAACAGGCAACUGCGUUUUCCAAGCUUUUUUUUUUUUAAAUCAGCUUUAGAAUUUUGUGUGGUUACGUGCAAUGAGUGCAGCAGAACUACCUAUAAGUAAAUUAUUUAGUUAUUUAUUUCUCUUUCAGGGUUAUGUUUUUUUACAAUUUUUAUUGAUUGUCCUCUUCCGUAGUGAAUGAGGUGACCAACCAAGGAGAAUUCUGUGUUCUGUUACUAAGAUUUUAUUUCAAGGUUAGGCAUUAUACAAACUAAAGGAGCAUCUCUAAAUGUUUUUGAUUUAAAUGAUGUUUUCCAUUCAAAGAAUAAUUACCCUCGGGGAAUUGUGCUGUUGUAUCAUUUUCUAUGUUUGGCAACCUCACCUUGCGACACUCCACACAGAUGCGUGUUGAGAAUAAAAUGGAAGUUCAUCUGGUGGCCCAUAGAUUCUGUGUGAGCUUGCUUGCUUGUGAUUUUUUAAAGAGAUUUUCCUCUGAUGUUUGAAUCUUGUUACCUGUUAGAAUGCUUAGUUGAACUUGAAUCUCAAUUCAGUAAAAUAAAUUGUCUGAGUCUUGACUACACAC